AUGGCGCUUGGUCACGUCCAUACUGCGGCAGCUCCAGGGACAGCUACUCCACACCGGGCCCCGCGCACUGCCCCAACGCCCGUCCUCCGGACAGGGAGCCGUUCGCGCGAAGCCUUUGGGCUCCGCACCGCGGAAAAUCUGGGGCCCGCGGGGGAAGCGCGUCUCCCCGAACACAAAGUAAUAAUAGUGGGACUUGACAAUGCAGGAAAGACCACCAUUCUUUACCAGUUCUUAAUGAAUGAAGUGGUCCACACAUCUCCAACCAUAGGAAGCAAUGUUGAAGAAAUAGUAGUAAAAAAUACCCAUUUCCUUAUGUGGGAUAUUGGAGGACAGGAGUCAUUACGGUCAUCAUGGAAUACCUAUUAUUCAAAUACAGAGUUCAUCAUUCUUGUUGUUGACAGCAUUGACAGAGAACGACUUUCUAUCACAAAAGAAGAACUUUACAGAAUGUUGGCUCAUGAGGAUUUACGGAAGGCUGCAGUUCUCAUCUUUGCAAAUAAGCAGGACAUGAAAGGUUGUAUGACAGCUGCUGAAAUAUCUAAAUACCUCACCCUUAGUUCCAUAAAGGAUCACCCAUGGCACAUUCAGUCCUGCUGUGCUUUGACUGGAGAAGGAUUAUGCCAAGGUCUGGAAUGGAUGACCUCCCAUAUUGGAGUGAGAUAACUUGUUGCAAAAGAGACUGCAUCUGUUUAUUCUGUGAACAUGAACAUUUUCCUGGUACUUCUGGUUGCUAAGGUAGCGACCAUGUUUAAUUUAUAAUGACAGAAACCUCUGAGCAGCACUUGAAUCAAGUGCAGCUGAACUGAAACACAAAGUAUUUUUAACUUUUUUAAUGCACUACUCUUCCACAGGAUGAACAUGUGAAUCUGUUUCAGUAUCAAAGUUCUCCUGGCUAUUCUAAUUUUUCAGUGGUUGCCUUGUAAGAUAUCUUUCAUCAUGGAAAAUCUUUCACACUUGAUUUUUGUAAUGAUGCAAACUAUUUCUGUAAUUUACUACCAUAGAUAAAUUUCUUCAUUAACACUGGGAAAAAAAGUGAAUAGAUUGAUGUUUACCCUAGCAUAGCUUUAAUGAUUUCAAAAGAUUGGGCUAUGGCUAUCUCCAAGGCAGGUUUUAGGUAUGUUAAGAAUUGUAAUAGUCAGCACUGAAACAGUUAUUUAUGGUUGAUAUGCUCUUCCCCCCCCUCCAUCCCCCCAAUAUGUGUAACUGAAUUUCUGCCUUAAAAGAAAACAUGCCCUUUUUUAUUCCCAUGUAAGGUAAGUACUUCUGGGUCAUAUAUUUACCUGAAAACACAACUUUGCCAGGUGGAUAAAAAUCAGUUUUUAUUUAAUUAAAAUGCAUUUUUCUU